CAGAGUUUGAGAAAUUAUCUAGUGAACAGUACAUUACAUCAAUUAUAAGAUAACAGUUAACUAGAUGUGUUUAGUGCGACAAUUAAAAUUCAGCUCCGGGAAAUACUCGUUUUAUCAUUCUACGUCAUAUCCAAUAGCAACUGAAUGACCACUAUUUAUCAACUUCCAGAUACUAACUCUAUGCAUGAGUCUUUGCGUCAGACGUGUGAAAUCAGUUUGAAGGUUUUGAAAAAAUUUAAAACCGCUUUUCAUAUGGAGCUGCUAAAAUUGGAUAUUCAAAGAAUAUCAAAUUCUUGAAGCAUACAAUAAUCUAUUGAUUGAUUUGCUGUGUACCCGUGGUGCACCCUGCACAAACACAAAUCAAUAUUCUAUUUCAACUACAAGAACCCUAUAUUCAAGGAUCGAUGAUGGUGCGGCAGGUUUAGUUUGAAUAUGGCCGUGCUUUGUUUCUGAUAAAUUUCCGAGACCAAAUAAAGUCAGGAACAAAAAAAUGGUGGUCACAGUUGAGACUACAGAAUAGUCUAUAUGAAGACCUGAAUAUUGUAGCCGUGUCAAGUAAACAUCGCCGUGUUUCACACUCGCGAUGACAUCGGCGGAGAAACGCGACGCCAGAUUGAUACAUCUCGGUGAUAUCGUUGUCUGCUACGAGGAGCCGCUGUGGCGCGGGCCGGCGUCGUGGCGGUCGCUGGCGGCGGAGUUCGCGGGCGCGGCGCUGCUGGUGGCGCUCACCUGCCUCGCGACCUGCGCCGAGCCCCGCCCCGCGUCGCCGCACCGCGCGCUCGCCUCGGGGCUGGUCGUCGCGCUUAUCGUACAAUGUUUCGACCACGUGUCAGGCGCGCAGCUAAACCCUACAGUGACGCUGGCGGCGGUGGUGACAGGGCGGGUCACGGCCGCGGCGGGCGCGCUGGAGGCGGGCGCGCAGCUCGCGGGCGCGGCGUGCGGCGGCGGCCUGCUCCGGCUGCUGGCGCCGGCGCCCGUGCCCGACAGCUACUGUGUCACAGCACCAGCUGCAGGGCUGCCUAUUUAUAAAGCUGUGGGGAUCGAGGCCGUGCUGGGCGCGAGCCUGGCGUGGGCGAACUGCGCGGCGUGGGACGCGCGCACCCGCCGCCUGCGCGACUCCUGGCCGCUGCGGGUCGGCCUCUCCGUGGCCGCGCUCUCGUUUGUGGCGGGAGACAUGACGGGCGCCAGUAUGAACCCGGCGCGCAGUUUUGCGCCCGCGCUGUGGAGCGGCGACUGGAGCCAUCAGUGGGUUUACUGGGCCGGUCCGCUGAGCGGGUCGGCGCUGGCCGCCGCGCUGUACCGGGCGGUGUGGCGCGCGCCGCCCUCUGCCGCCCCGCGCGGCGUGCCCAGUGACACGACGGCUACCCACACAGAACAGAAGUCACGCCGAUCGACAUGAUCGACAUAAAAAGGAGGCGGCAGAACGAAACAGUUGUUAACCCUUGACUAAGAAGUAAAGCUUUGAUAAAUAUAACACUACCUACUACGUAAUAAAAUAUUUACCCAUUUUGAUAAAUAAAUUCUCAGUCUGAU